AUGUCGUCGGAUGCGGCGUCUCUGCCUUCUCCUCUAAGCGAGCCGCCUUGGGUGAAUGGAAAACGUCCUUGUUUUGUUGGUGGCAUGCGCUCGUCAGGCACGGGACUGGUCUCCAGACCGGGAGCAUAUCAGAAUGGCAGUCAUGCACCUUCAGCUGCGGUUCAGAGGCCACGAUUUCCGAAUAUUAAAGAUCUUCAGGAUCAGGCUGCAUCAUUGGAAGUGAAUGAGAACACUCCCCUGAGUGUGCUAUUGAAAACCGCCGGAGAGGCUAUCAAGCAAGCCAUAGACUUUGCAGAUACGGAUCAACUGGAUAAAGCCUACGUGGAGUACCUUCGUGCGUCCGAGAUCACGAUAAAUACCAUCCCCCACCAUGCUGAUUAUCGAGAUACCGUCAACCAGCGGCCCGCAUGGUACAAAGAAUUUGCCGACUUGAUGAUGGCUGUGCGUAUGAAACAAGGAACUAUGCAUGACAUCAAACGGGAGAUCCUCGAGGAUAAUAUAGCAAACAAUGUGCAACCUGGCGCAUUUCGUCGGACGAACUCUUCGUCACCUUUGGCUACCAGUGUCCCUGAGAGUUCUAGCCCAAGAGACCGCCAGAGAGAACCAGGAAAUGGCAUUCUGAGAAUGCCAAGCCCUUCGAGAUUUCAGAACUCCGCAGAAGAUACACUCGCCCAGCGGUUUGCGAGACUGAAGACAAUAACAUCCCAUACCGCAGCCGAUCAAAGUUCAAUGGUCAACAGCCAAAACGAAGCUUCAUCGACGCCUUUAUCAGAGGAACCUAUGGACGAUUAUCCACAUCGACCACGAUCACAUAUGUCUCGAACGAGAUAUAGUGCAAUCCUCACCUCACCUCAGCGACAUCCUAUGGGCCCUCGUAGUAUGGGUUCUCCUCAUAGUACACCGGUCCUCCCUCCCAAGAUUCCCCUAGAUUCGUCUCUACCGCGGGCGCCUGAUCCGGCCUAUAACCCGAUAUGGACUGUACCCUCUCAGCCACUCUCAAACCCGCCGCGGACGUCGACGGAGAGCAACCGGUCAAGCAAUCCGAGAUACUCGCAGCUCGCGAACUCUCCAAGUGGCAGUCCUAGUCGUGCGACCUCUACUGACAACCCAUAUAGAACACGCACGCCGAACGGCAUCCAUACAAUGAAAGAGACAGGAAUCAACUCCGCUAAUCUUCCUUACAGUCCUACAAUUAGCGUGCAUGAGUUAAUGGAUUACCUCAGACUAUAUAAUAUCCUACUUAUUGAUGUACGGCCACGUGAGGAAUACGAUACCGGUCAUAUCUAUGCGAAGUCUAUCAUAUGCAUCGAGCCAGUGGCACUGAAGGAAAACAUCUCCGCUGAGGAACUUGAAGAGCGCCUGAUUGUUUCGCCUGAGCAUGAACAGUCCUUGUUCGAGAGACGUAACGAAUUUGAUAUGGUUGUCUACUAUGAUCAAUAUACUUCGUCGGUUAGCUAUCUGGCUGGAUCGCCGGUUGGAACGACAGCGCCCCAUCUGAGAGCGUUAUAUGACACUCUGUACGAAUUCAAUGCUUACAAGCCAUUGAAGGACGGACGACCUCCGGCACUUCUUGUGGGUGGCCUGGAUGCGUGGGUUGAUCUUGUUGGGCCACAGUCGCUCGCGACAUCAUCAACCGCGGCUGUAAUUGGGUCACUCCAAAGAAAGAAACCCGAGAAAAAGCCAGGGCGACCGUUAGGGCGAGUUCCGACGGUAGUGAGCGCUAACUCCAGCUUAGAAGUGAGGAAGAGGAGGCUUCGCGAGUUCACGCCUCUAAACUCUGAGGAGCUGACAGCGUGGAUGGAGAAGUCCAAAAAGGAAGAGAUUGAUGCAGCUACUUAUUUUGAGGAGGAGGAGGAAGCGUCCACAGAAAAACCAGGAGAGAAUGAGCCUCAUUCAUACUUCCAUACAUACGAGGACUUCCUUCGUCGCUUCCCAGAACCUCAGGCAGUUCAGCAAUCGAUGAUGAUACCGGAAAGUUAUCAAAUGGAAACUUCCGUAUCGUAUCCUCUUGUUCCCUUUCCCCCUCCACCAUCACGGCCGCCUCCUGCAGUUCCUCGACCAAGUUAUAGCGGCGUAUCGGACGGCCGACGUACUCAGCCACCUCUGGAGCGCCAGAAUUCCGCCACCAGGGCUGCUCUGUAUCCGUCACAUUCCUUCGUCAGCCGUCUCAAGCUUCCUCGAACGGGCCUUACGAAUUUUGGUGUCACUUGUUAUAUGAAUUCGACGAUCCAGUGCUUGAGUGCAACCAUUAUGCUGAGUAAGUUCUUCAUAGACAAUCGGUUUCGAUACUAUGUUCAGAAAAACUGGAAGGGAUCUCAGGGUGUCAUGCCUGGACUCUAUGCGAAUUUGAUACGGUCGCUCUGGAAGAACGACGUAGAGGUGAUCAUGCCGACUUCCUUCCGAAAUUUCUGUGGUCGGCUUAACCGCGAGUGGGCUAUCGACCGGCAGCAGGACGCCAAGGAGUUCUUUGACUUUCUUGUUGAUUGUCUGCAUGAAGAUCUAAACGUAAAUUGGCAGAGAACACCUCUGCGGCCGUUGACGUUCGAGGAAGAGAUGCAACGGGAAAGAAUGCCGGUUCCCAAAGUUUCCAAGAUUGAAUGGGAUAGGUACUGCCACCGGGAGGAGUCAUUCAUCUCUUCCCUUUUUGCUGGUCAGCAUGCCAGUCGACUACGAUGUACAACGUGCAAGCGCACUUCGACCACCUACGAAGCGUUCUAUAGCAUCAGCGUUGAGAUACCACCUUCUGGGACUGGUGAUAUUUACCAAUGCCUCCGGAGCUACUGCCAAGAAGAGAUGCUUAGCGGUGACGAGGUCUGGAAAUGCCCUUACUGCAAAUGCGAGCGAGUCGCAACUAAGCAGAUUAUCCUCACGCGAGCACCGCAGAUCCUAGUGGUGCACUUUAAACGGUUCUCUGCCUCAAAAACACACAGCGCUUGUAAAAUCCACACUCCGAUUGAGUUUCCCUUGCAUGGCCUUAAUUUAGACGAGUUCCUGAUCUAUCCAAAACCGCACGCAUCAACCGAGGCUGGGUCAUCGUCUUCUACUGCCGUACCGUCGAAGUACAUGACCUCAGCCACUACGCCACCGUUUACCUACGAUGCGUAUGCUGUUCUCCGACACAUUGGCUCGUCGAUGAGCAGUGGGCACUAUAUUUCCCUGGUACGGGAUGCGCCGCGUCGUUGCUGGAGGAAAUUCGAUGACGAGCGGGGAACGGACUUCAACCCACGGGAACUGCGGCACAGGGAUCGGCUACAGAACGAACAGGCAUAUAUCGUGUUCUAUGAGCGUGCACCGGCCAAGUGA